AAACAUGUACAAAUAUCACAUAAAAAAAAUAAAGGUGAAAAAUACCACUUCAAAAAAAUGAAGGUCUAAAAGCUGUAGUCCAAUUCAUUCUUAAAAAAUUAGAAGCCAAUAGCCAUUUAUGAUAAUUGAGAACAUAAACUAUAAAAUACAUAUUUGAUUUUCAGAAUCCUCUUGAUGAUAAAUCAAUAGUUAUUGCUAAUCAUAAAUCAGAUAACAAAAUUGCAUUCCUACCUAGUUAAAGACCCUGAUAAUAAAAUUACUAAAAUGCUGUCGAUUAUAUAAAUCAAAUCAAUUACAUUCCACUCUCCUUACACAUAAACUAUAAAAUUUAAUAGAAAUUAUUCAAGGGUAGCAUUCUUUAUUAACCUUGUGAAACACCUAUGCAAACUGAUAAAUAAUGAUACUAACAUUAUCCGAGUAUCUUUUAAUAAAAGAACUAGAUUUGAUUUCUUUCUUUUUUUAAACAAUAGCAUCUUCAUCCAUUAACAUAGAAAAAAAGGAUUAGAAUAAGCAUGA